UGCAGAAUCCGAUAAAUACACGCUGAAAGAACAUCCUGUGUGUAUUCAGUAAAUUGAAAUUAUAUUAAACGGGUUCUUCAAACGAAAUAAACGGAUGUUUUAAAACAAAUGUUAGAGCGAAUUUGAAGGAGUUUAAUUGAUUUUUAUUUGACGAAAACAAACUGGCAAUGGUGCAAUCAGUUUCAAUGGAAUCUAAUCCUCUUUCUCAGAUGCGCUUGCAUCCAUUUAGUAUCAGAUGUGUUUUAGGUGAAACAAAUAAGUUUGACAAUGAAGAACAAAAACUCGAUGCGAAUAGAAAUGAGUACGAUGUGAGAAAAGAACUAAUUGAAAAAGAGCAGUCGGAGAGUCGUUUCCGACGAGUAGAAGAUACCGGUGAUAGUGACUCAAGUUAUUGUAAAGAUGAAGAUAGUGAUGUUGAAAUAAAUGUUGACGACGUCAAUGUUAAUGACGAACAUGACUUUGAAGAGUGUAAUGAUAACCAAGCAGACGACUUUGAACAGACUUUUUCACCUGGUGAGCAGAAUUCUGCGGGACACAUAAGUGACGAUGGCGAUGUGAAAAUGAAUAAAAGUUGCGAGAAAAAGGAAUCGGAUGUUGAUGAGUCUUCAAAGAAGCCAGAGAAACCACCAUUCAGUUACAAUGCAUUAAUCAUGAUGGCGAUUAGAAGCAGCCCAGAGAAAAGACUGACACUUAAUGGUAUCUAUGAAUUUAUCAUGAAAAACUUUCCAUAUUAUAAAGAAAAUAAACAAGGUUGGCAAAAUUCUAUCAGGCAUAAUUUGAGCCUAAACAAAUGCUUUGUGAAGGUGCCGAGACAUUAUGACGAUCCAGGCAAGGGAAACUACUGGAUGUUAGAUCCCUCUGCAGACGACGUUUUCAUAGGCGGUACAACCGGAAAGCUUCGGCGUCGAUCGACUACAGCAUCACGUAGCAGACUGGCAGCGUUCAAGCGUAUGGGGUUCCCUCAUCUUCAACCGAUGACAUAUUCACCUAUGAGUGAUAGAAGCGUUCCGUAUGGAUGGCCCUUUUCACAACUGUAUCCUAUGCACGGCUCAGCUAAUGGGGCAAGUUUGGGACUGUCUUCAUUCCCGAUGUAUCCAUAUUAUUCGCGCGUUCUUUCAACGGCGGCUGCAGUCGGAAGGGCUGCAAGUAAUUCAAGAUUGAACUUUUCUAUGGACAGAAUCCUCGGGAACGAGCCGGUGAAUCUUAGCAAUACUUCUUCAAGUGUUCAGAGUUUACAAACUGAAAAAUCAGCUGUAAAUAUGUCGUCUUCACAGACACGGGGUUUGAUGAACCCGGCAAUACAGUCACUUUACCGCCAGGCGGCAUCUCAAGGAACUAUUUCACCGUGUUUCGUAAAUGGAGUAGACCUAAGUGCUUCCAGUAUGAGAGACUUUAGUAUUUCGUCGUCGUCUGCCUUUACUGCGACUUUAAAAUCUUUGGCGGGAAAUCAUCAUGCUAGUGACGUUCGGAUUCCAUAAAUAUAUAAUAUAUGAUAUUCAUAUAGUUCAAUCUUUAAAUUCUUUUGUAAAUAAUAAAGUUAAAAUGUCAUUAUUUUUUCGAAGUGAAAUUUGACAGUUUUUUCAACUGCAAUUUUAAAAGAAAUUUAGAAUUCUGUCUCACGUUUGACACUGGUAGAUUUAUUGCACAUAAUGGGAUAUAUAAUAAGGUAAAAUAUUUUGAUAUUUUCGUCGGAAAAUAGUGAAAUUAUUGAUGCAAAUAUUGUAAAAAAUUGAAAAAGAUAUAUUUAUUGAGCAUAUAUAUAUAUUGAAGCGGCAAAAUAAAAUGAUUUUGAAA